CGGGGCUUCGACAGGGAGGCGGGGCCGCGGCAGUCUUGGCGGCGGGUGCCCGCGGUGCUGCUCGCCCGCAGCAUGGAGCCCCCGACCCGCACCGAGAGCUCCCGCCUGGUCAACCCACGGGGCGGUCGCGCCGAAGGCAGCCUGCGCCUCAAGAGUCUGUUUGCAGGCUCCCAGGAAGCCCUGGCUCAGCCGGACCCCCCAGCUCUGGCUCCCCACUGCCGCUGCAGCCCCCGUGCCCCCAGCCCGGGUCGGGGCAGGCUCCAGGCCCGCCGGCAGCUGAGCGUCGCCUGCACCGUCUGCUGCAUCUUCAUGAUCGGGGAGGUGAUAGGCGGGUACCUGGCACACAGCCUGGCCAUCAUGACGGAUGCAGCCCACCUGCUGACAGACAUAGGCAGCAUGUCCGUCAGCCUCUUCUCCCUCUGGGUCUCUACUCGCCCACCCACCAAGACCAUGAGCUUUGGCUGGCACCGCUCUGAGACACUGGGUGCGCUGGCCUCUGUCCUCUCCAUAUGGGUCGUGACCGGGGCCCUUGUCUACCUGGCAGCUGCCCGCAUCAUCAGCAAUGACUAUGAGAUUGAGGCACGAGCCAUGCUGGCUACAUCUGCCAGUGCCGUCGGCGUCAACUUGGUCAUGGCCUAUAUCCUGCACCAGUCUCCUGUCAGCCAUGGCCACAGCCAUGGCACAGGAGGCUAUGAGCAGCUGGAGAGCACUGGGGGCUGCCUGCCCAGCCAUGCCCCCCUGCCUGGAAGCACCAGUAUCCGUGCAGCCUUCGUUCACGUGGUGGGUGACCUGCUGCAGAGCAUCAGCGUCCUUGUGGCUGCCACCAUCAUCUAUUUCAAGCCCCAGUGCAAGAUUGCAGACCCCAUCAGCACUCUCUUCUUCUCAGUCUUUGUCCUUGGCUCCACCUUCACCAUCCUCAGGGAUGUCUUUAGAGUCCUCAUGGAAGGGACACCACGGGACCUCGAGUUUGAUGCAGUGAAGGAGAUGCUGCUGGCGGUCAAUGGGGUCAAGGGUGUCCAUGACCUGCAUCUCUGGGCCCUGACGCUGAGCCACCAUGCCAUGUCAGUGCAUAUGGCUGUCGACACCAGUGCUGACCCCGAGAUGGUGCUGCACGAAGCCACGACCCAGCUGCAGAGCAGGUUUGGCUUUGCAUCAUGCACGGUGCAAGUGGAGCGGUACCAGGAGGAGAUGGGGGGCUGCCAGCACUGCCAAGACCCCUGCGCCUGACGCCUUUGUGCCCGAGACCCCCGCCUGCUGCAGAGCUGGGUCAGGCCUAGCCCCAGCCCCACACCCCAGGAGCUGCCCCUGGAGCAGGGGGUGCAGCACUUGGGCUCCUGUCCCAGUGUUGCACCCACAGAGCCCUGGGGUUGGACAGCGCCCCUGUGUGCAGGGUCCCAGGGGAGACACACGGCCUGCCCACACACCCUCCCCCCCCCCAGCACGGGGGCUUCCCCAGGAUCCUCCAGCCCCAGCUGUGCUGGCAGCAGCUCCAAAGGAAGAGGAGGAUCCUGCUCCAUCACAUCCCCCUGGAGCCCUGUUUUACCCAGCGGGAGCAAGGACAGGCAGGGACAGCCCCUGGC